AUGAACACCGUCAACACGACAAACACGACCGCCACCGCAGCACCCCAUCGCUCAUCUCUGCAUGCUGGAGGCGGCGGCCCUCCCGGCGAUGACAAGAACAAGAAGGACAAGAAGGAUAAGCCAAAGUACGAGCCACCACCACAGCCCACGACCCGCAUCGGCAGGAAGAAGAAGAAGGCUGCCGGACCCAGCGCCGCCGCCAAGCUCCCCAUUGUCUACCCGACCGCACGAUGCAAGCUGAGGUAUCUGCGUAUGCAGCGCAUCCACGACCACCUGCUGCUGGAGGAGGAGUACGUCGAGAACCAGGAGCGGCUACGGAAGGCGAAGGCGGUCAAGGAGGGCAACGCGCCCGUGCCCCAGGGUGGAGAGGAUGCCGCGGACCGCAACGCUGACGAGCGAUCGCGGGUGGACGACAUGCGAGGCAGCCCCAUGGGCGUCGGCAACCUCGAGGAGCUGAUCGACGACGACCACGCCAUCGUGUCCAGUGCCACCGGCCCCGAGUACUACGUCUCCAUCAUGUCUUUCGUCGACAAGGACCUGCUCGAGCCAGGAGCCAGCAUUCUACUACAUCAUAAGUCGGUGUCGGUCGUAGGUGUGCUCACAGACGAUGCGGAUCCUCUGGUGUCAGUCAUGAAGCUUGACAAGGCGCCGACUGAGUCGUAUGCGGAUAUUGGUGGUCUGGAGCAGCAGAUUCAGGAAGUACGAGAGGCGGUCGAGCUGCCACUGCUGCAUCCGGAGCUGUACGAGGAGAUGGGUAUCAAGCCGCCGAAGGGUGUCAUUCUCUACGGUGCGCCUGGUACCGGAAAGACUCUCCUGGCAAAGGCCGUGGCCAACCAGACCAGCGCCACGUUCCUGCGUAUCGUCGGUAGCGAGCUGAUUCAGAAGUACCUCGGAGACGGCCCCAGGUUAGUCCGACAGCUGUUCCAGACCGCCGCGGAGAACGCUCCCUCCAUCGUCUUCAUCGACGAGAUCGACGCCAUUGGUACCAAGCGUUACGAGUCAACGUCAGGAGGUGAGCGCGAGAUUCAACGAACCAUGUUGGAGCUUCUCAACCAGCUUGACGGUUUCGACGAUCGUGGUGACGUCAAGGUCAUCAUGGCCACCAACAAGAUCGAGACACUCGACCCUGCCCUGAUUCGACCUGGUCGUAUUGACCGAAAGAUUCUCUUCGAGAACCCCGAUCAAUCAACCAAGAAGAAGAUUUUUACCCUGCACACCUCCAAGAUGUCUUUGAACGAGGACGUCGACCUAGACGAGUUCAUCAACCAGAAGGACGAUCUCUCCGGUGCCGAUAUCAAGGCCAUCUGUUCCGAGGCCGGUCUCUUGGCUCUACGUGAGCGAAGAAUGCGCGUCAACAUGGAGGAUUUCCGCGCUGCAAGGGAGCGAGUCCUGAAGACGAAGAGCGAAGGUGAACCCGAGGGUCUAUACUUGUAG